CUCGCCAUUGUACACACACUCUCUCUCUCUCUCGCUCGAUCUCUCUCGUUUCUGAAAUCGUGUGCCGGUAUCUCAUGGCGUUCCGUUGCUCGUUCAACCUCGAGGACGACGACCAGGUUCUGUUCGAAGAAAUCUCGAGCGUGAGGAAGGUGAUACUGAACAGGCCCACGAAACUGAACUGCCUCACUUAUGAAAUGGUGGUUCAGAUGUUAAGGGCUUUGGAAGCAUAUGAAUGUGAUCCUGCAGUCGAAUGCAUAACUCUGAAGGGAAAGGGCAAGGCGUUCUGUUCCGGAGGAGAUGUCAAAGGAUUCAUCUGUUCAUCAGGGGCAGGGCAUUGGAGCUUUGCUGGUGCUUUUUACAGGAGUCAGCUCAUGCUGGAUUAUCUGAUAGCCACUUACAGUAAACCUGUGAUCGCGCUGGUGGACGGGAUCGUGAUGGGCGGAGGAGCCGGCCUCGCCAUGCAUGCCGCGUUUCGCGUCGUCACCGAGAACACGGUAUUUGCAAUGCCAGAAGCAUCGAUAGGUCUAUUUCCGGAUGUUGGCGCAUCGAAGUUCCUGUCCAAGCUUCCGGGCUCUUUCGGAGAAUAUCUGGCGCUCACCGGCGCUCGCCUGGACGGCGGCGAAAUGCUCGCUUGUGGUCUCGCAUCUCAUUUUGUGCUCUCCAAGGACCUUCCAUUGCUGGAAAAGAGUGUGUGCGAGGAAGCACCUCUUAAGAAAUCAACCAUUUCCGAUUUAUUAAACAGAUUCGCUCAUAAAACAAGCCUCAAGGAAAACAGCACUUUCAGGAGGUUGGAGAUUAUCAAUAGGUGCUUCUCAAAACCCACCGUCGAAGAGAUACUAUCGUCAUUGGAAAAUGAGGUUGAAAACGAUGGAGAAAAGAAAUGGAUCAAAGAUGCUAUAAGGUCAAUGAGAUCAGCCUCUCCAACAAGCCUCAAGAUAACUCUGAAAUCGAUGAGAGAAGGACGGGCACAAACUAUUGAACAAUGUCUGGCUCAUGAAUACACAAUUUCUUGCCACAUGUUCCGCCGGUCCAUGCAUCGAGAUUUCUAUGAGGGUUCGAGAGCGAUGCUAUUCGACAAGGACAGAAAGCCCCAGUACAGUGGGACCCGCCCAAGCUGGAAUCGAUCACCGACGAGAUGGUCGGCAAGUUCUUCACGGGUCUCGUCGGGAUCGACCCGCAUUGGGUCGACUUGCAGCUUCCGAUCAGAUCAGGCCAAACCGUGGCCCGGGCAAAGCUCUGAGGGACGUCCGAGAUUUUGGCGAAAUGAAUUGGAAAGCCAGAACCAUCACAGCUUGUAUGAUCUUUUUACUUCUAGUUCGAGCGAUGAGCAGACUUGUUUUAUAUCUUUGGAGUGUUGCACUGAUCUAUGAAUCUUCUAUCUAGAGAUGCUCGUGACGA